AUGAGGCGGUACUUAGUGAGAAGUGUUCCGAGAGAGAGCUGCGCAACUCAAGCUGAGCUCCCAUUCCGAACUGGCGUCAGUGCGAACGGUGCCCCCCAGGAAAAGACUCCUCUGUGCUUCAGGUCGACGCCACUCCGGGUGAAUGAAGCGUUCUGUCCAUGCGGAGGCUAGCGCUGGUUCUUCUGCCCUGUGCUCUCGCCGUACUAGUGCACUUGUGGUCGGCCCAACGACGGUGCUCCGCGCCGCUGGACAACGACACACACUCGGAUGGGGUGGUACCGUCUUAUGAAGUUCUGGUGGGAGUUCUAUCGGCCAGACAGCAUUACAAACUGCGACAAGCCAUAAGGGACACCUGGCUGGGCUACCUGCACCAACACCCUCAAUUCAAGUACAGAGUGGGGGUGAAGUUUAUCGUGGGCAAAUAUGGGUGCCCCAUCCCGCAGGAGGACAGAGAAGAUCCUUACUCCUGCUCCCUUCUCAACAUCACUGAGCCUGAGGCAGGACAGGAUACCGAGAGAGAAAUCGUGAUGGUGUCCGACCCCAAGGUGCUGGUCCCCUCUGAUGUGUCUGCUGUUGCCUUGGAUUUUAAGGUGCUCCACCCGGUGGUGAUCACUAAACUUGGGGUGUUUCCCCGAAGAGCCCAGCCUGAACUUAGGAGCAAUGUGACUGUAAAGCUCCUGCAACUGGAUCAGGAGGAGGCUAUAGUAACUGCUCGCUUCAGCGCCAUCAGUACAGGGACCCUCAUAAGCGGAAUAUGGUACAAACCAGUGGAGCAGUUUAUCUUGCCCAAGGGUUUUGAGGGGACACUAGUAUGGGAGAGUUCAGACGUAGAAGUACUGACCACAGUCAACUCGUCCUGUGUGCAGCUCAAUGAUGGAGGAGGUGUACUCAAGAUCUCCUCUAUUGCAGAGGGCAUCCUGCCCCACAGAAGUGCUCUUGGAUUUCCUGGUUUGGCCGGAGGAUUCACCUUUACCAUUUAUGACAGGAGCAGUUUGUUUGAGCUCCUGCAGGGCCGUCCAGCAAGGAUGGAACGCCACGCCGCGGGGCUGAGGCAGGAGGACUCCGCCUUGGAGCAAGAGAGCCUGAGGCACGGCGACAUGGUGUUCGUAAAUGUGGUGGACACCUACAGAAGUGUGCCUUCCAAACUGCUUCAGUUCUACAAAUGGUCUGUGGGAAACAUUAAUUUCAGUCUGCUCCUGAAGACUGAUGAUGAUUGUUACAUCGACAUGGACUCAGUAUUAAUGAAGAUGGAGCGCAAUGGUCUCAAGCGUAGCCAUUUUUGGUGGGGAAAUUUCAGACAGAGCUGGGCAGUGGAUCGGAUCGGGAAGUGGCAAGAGCUCGAGUAUCCCAGUCCCGCCUACCCGGCCUUUGCGUGUGGAUCUGGCUAUGUGGUGUCACGUGACCUGGUGCAGUGGCUCGCCAGUAAUGCAGAUAGUCUAAAGGCCUACCAGGGAGAAGACGUGAGCAUGGGAAUAUGGAUGGCAGCUAUCGGACCACAGAAGUAUCAGGACGCCAGCUGGCUGUGUGAAAAGGAAUGUUACCUGGACAUGCUGUCGUCCCCUCAGCACACAGCAGAGGAGCUGCGUGGGCUGUGGCACCGGAAGAGGACGUGUGGUGACCCCUGUGGAUGUCCCUGGGGGCAGUAAGGACCGGAUCGCACUCAACGUGCAGAUCUGCACACUUCUGACAUAUCGGCUUCCGCGCAUUCUUCAUACCUCAAAUUGUGAUGUGUGUGUUUUUAUGAAUUAGAAUAUCUGAUACAUGACAACAAGCUUUUAAAAAAAAAUCAAAGAUGACAGCUUUUCUGUGCUUUUACCCAGUCAUUGUUGUCAUUGUGCAAAAUAGGGACGUUGCCUUAUUGUAUCUGUAGUAGUGGCACAGAUUUUACUUGGACAAAUCAUUGUACAAUUUGCAACACAGACUUUGGAACUUGAAUCCUUUGCAGGACAUAAAGAAAACGUCAAAAGA